GAAUGGGUGAAAACCAGGGAGUGAGGGUUGGAGGGGGGGCUUCCUUGAAAUACUUAAACAGGAUGUUUUCACUUGAGCACUUUAUAAGUUCACGAUCCUGGUAAUCACAAGGACACAUGGAACCAUGAAAUUCACAGUAUUGGAGAAUCAACCACAUCUUAUAAAAGGAGCAAUGACAGGUCAUUUUAUUCAGGUUUAUCGUAACACUUAGCAGCAAGCCUUCCUUCCUCUAAUGCAGCUACAGAUGGUGGCCCUGACGACCUUACUAGAGAUUUUGGUCCCUUGACCUUUAGCAGAAGGUUGGGUUCCAGUUGAGUGGAGAAGCUUCCUCCUGUGAGAUCUACCUUGUCUUAUUCUUUUAGACUCAUUUAAGAGAGAGGAUUUUAUUACCUAAAAUUUGCAAAUGUAAUGUGCAUCCACAAAACUGGGGCUGGGGGAUUGGGACAUCCCUCUUUUGCUAGUCUCAUGUAUGCUGGUUUUUUGUGUUUUGGGGUUGUUAAGGGAAUUCUCACAGGCCUGAAAAGGCUUAGAUCUAGUACUAAAAUACACAUAUGCUGUAGAUCUAUUUUAUUUGGUGCUGGCCUAAUAUCUUCUAUAUACUGUGGAUCUGAAUUGUUUCCUAUAGCUUUGGGAAAUGUUCAGCUAGAAACACUUGAGAAGAGAGUGUAAGGCAUGUAGCCAGAAAGUGUCAGCUGACUUUUCAUUUUACUGGCAUUUGAAAGCUUUUAUAGAGGUUUGCAUUAUUUUCUCCAAAAGCAUUUGUUGUUUGAGUUGGUCAUUUUGACAGUUAACUGUUAGUUAUGACCUGUAUUGCCAGUCUCACCUCGAUUAUUGCUGGAAGGGUUUAAGUGCUGGGAAUAUAACUUAUAAGUAUUUCUCUUGAACACAGGCAUUGAUCCUCUGCCACUGAAUAGCUGAGUAAGAUGGGAAUGACUGGUUUCUAAUUAUGGUUUGAAAGGAGGUUGGUUUGACAGAUUGGAAAGUGUGGAACUAUUCUAGUUGUUGCUGUUGCAGAGAAAGAUCUCUUGGGGCCGCUGUGAAAGUGGGUGGAAGGUUUCUUGGUGCCCAGUGAACAUCUUUAACGAGUCAGGUUCACACCAGAGAGUUGGACAGGGAGAGCUGGCUUGAAAUUUAAACUUAGAUUCGUUGUCAGGACAGAAUUGAUGGUUUGGUUUUUUUGUGGGUUUUGUUUUUGUUUUUGUUUUUAUAAUAGAUCAUGGAGUUACUGUCAGAGAAAGUGAUGUUAACAGAUCCUGGGUAGGGUGAAGAGAGCUAAGAGAGUGUGCACAUUAUUUACACAUAUAGCCAUAGAUUAUUCUCAGGCAUUUUAAAGAAAAUCUUUUUCUCCUAGGUUUCACAUCUUUUUUUCGUUCUUACCUACCUCCUGUCAUUGCCCAGAAACCACUAUUCCAGAAGUGCAAGUGGGGAAGACAUAGAAAAAAAGGGUGAAGGAGCCUGGAACAAGCAGCCAGCAAUCCUUGCUGCAGCAGAGUGCACAAAAAGUAACCCAAAGAGAAAUGAUAGCCCUGAGGGCAACUGGGUUAAGACAGUGGAGACUCUUGAUAAUAAAGAUGGUUUGGGACCAGACCCAACCUCCUGCAGGUCUUAAAGAGAAAUAUUCAAAGGGAACCCACACUCUUAGAAGCAAAGGGACACCCGAAGAAAGAACAGAAGUGCACAUUUGCUUCCCAUGAUGAAGCCCUGAGUGCUUCCAGGCUGAGGAGAGAGCCGCUUUCCUGGGAGCAGCACCACCUGGACCUCAGUUAAAACUGAAGCUGGACUCACGCCCUUUCUGAGAAAGCAGAUUUUCAGCUCAGUCUGAGUUUUCAUCUGGUUGAUAAGGUUUUUAAGUGGGGAGGAAAAAUGAGAUUUAGUGGUCAACAUUAUUCUUAUUUUUUUUAAUCCCAUCCACAUAAGUACUCACUUGCAUAGGUUCCCCUCCCACCCCAGUAAUAGAAUGAAUGAGAAAAUUGUUAGUUAAUAGGUGUCUUUAAACCCAGCUGAAAUCUUAACCCAUAAAAAGGUCCUUGGCUCUCCUCAUUUUUACCAUGUCCUAGGAAUGUGACCUCUGGGUAAGCUCGGUAACCUGAAGAACACAAUUGAUACUUCGGGCUCAUUUUUAAAUUUAAUUAUAAUUCUUAUCAAGCACUUGAUUAUUUUUUUCCUCCUUGGCCAAAUUUAUUUCAGGAAUGUGCUUGUCUGAGACCUGUGAUGGCUGAGGUUUCCUAAGUACAUCUUGUGACUUGAAUGCAGAAUUUUGAUGAGAUCUGGUGAGAUAGAUUAGGAAGUAUCUUUCUAAAGUACUUAUUAGGUCUGGUUGACUGUGUAGAACCGAGCCAAGAGCAGGCCUAGUGCUUCCAGGAGACACAGUCCAGAAAGAAAGCUCUGGAGCCGGCAUCUCUUGACACCACAGUAUAUUCUGGUAGCUGCUCUGCAGUAAUGCAGCCCUGUCUUUCUGGGCAGUGUUGUUAUUCCUGCUGCAUAAUUAGCAACUAGUGAGAUCAUAGUCUGGGGAGAUUCUGGCAUUACUGAGGCAAAGCAGGGAGGUUCGUAUCAUCACAUGUGGCUCUGGCUCUCACAGCAUUUCUGCCAAGCAGAUUCAUAUCCUUGGGAAUUUAGGUCCAAAGAUGGAGAAGGGGAAAGAUGUGUACCUGGAAAAUGGACCAUCCCAGCCUCCUGUUGUGUGGCAGCAUGUUGAAAACACUGCCUACCAUAUUGAUGUAACCAGAGUAAAUUGUCACUUCGUUUGCUAUUUGUUUUCCCCUUGUCGGUCUCUUUACAGAGGGCAAAGAUUGUAAAGCUGUUUUCCUUGCACAGAGGCUAAGGAUAGACCAGCCGAGCCCUGUGUUUUGGAGCAGUAUGAGAUGGGGAAAGAUUCUGGGUUUUGAAGCCAGAGUAGGUUCUAAUCUUCAAUCCCUUCUUCAGAACCUAAUCUGACCUUUUUAGGAGCCUGCUGAGACACUUUACAUUUGUGAAGAUCUGGAUAAAGCCUUUCCCUAGCUGUCGAUGUACUUUGAAAUUGAGAGCCUAGAACGGUAUUUCCCAAAGUGUCAUUUGCCCCCUAAGGUACUCUGGAAAACAAAGGGUUCCAUAAUCAGGUGUGUAAAACCUUGUAUUCUGUGUUUUCUCCCAUCCUUCACCAUGCUCAUUAGUAUAUUAAAAGCCUCUAAGAGGUCCUCCCAUAAGCAUUUUGUAAACUAUUUUGACACAGCAGUCCUAUUUCCAUGCAAAAGCUAUUAAUAUCCAUGGAACUAGUUUAUUUAAUAUAUACACUUUGGGAAAUGCCAAGCUAUAUUUUCACCAGGAAAAAUAACUGGAUCCAGUCUGGGUUAGGCACAGCCUAAUUCUGCCUUUGAUCCCCAGUCCCUCCUACUGGCCUCAUGGAGAGCUCUCCUGUGUGAUCAGAAGAGCAGCUACCGUUACCCCGGGGCUAAUGAAGGCUAGAGCCCAGCUGGCUUGGAACCAGAGACCUUCACUCCACUGGGAAGAAUCCUAAUGCACCUGGCUAAUUGGUGGUGAGCAGGGGCUUUGGGGCCAACGUGGUGGGCUCCCCAAGAAAACCCCUUUGAAACCAAUGGAUGCAUUCACGGGCUCGGGUCUCAAGAGGAAGUUUGAUGAUGUGGAUGUGGGCUCAUCAGUUUCCAACUCAGAUGAUGAGAUCUCCAGCAGUGACAGUGCUGACAGCUGCGACAGCCUCAAUCCUCCCACAACUGCCAGCUUCACACCCACCUCCAUCCUGAAGCGGCAGAAGCAGCUGCGGAGGAAGAAUGUACGCUUUGACCAGGUGACCGUAUACUACUUUGCCCGGCGCCAGGGUUUCACCAGUGUGCCCAGCCAGGGUGGCAGCUCUCUGGGCAUGGCCCAGCGCCACAACUCUGUGCGCAGCUAUACGCUCUGUGAGUUUGCUCAGGAGCAGGAGGUGAAUCAUCGGGAGAUUCUUCGGGAGCACCUGAAGGAGGAGAAACUCCAUGCCAAGAAGAUGAAGCUGACCAAGAAUGGGACAGUGGAGUCGGUGGAGGCCGAUGGCCUGACACUGGACGAUGUUUCAGAUGAAGACAUUGAUGUGGAAAAUGUGGAGGUGGAUGAUUACUUCUUCCUGCAGCCUCUGCCCACUAAGCGGCGCCGGGCCCUGCUGAGGGCGUCAGGGGUCCACCGCAUCGAUGCUGAGGAGAAGCAAGAACUUCGAGCCAUCCGCCUCUCUCGGGAAGAGUGUGGUUGUGACUGUCGACUAUAUUGUGACCCAGAAGCGUGUGCCUGUAGCCAAGCUGGGAUUAAAUGCCAGGUGGAUCGCAUGUCCUUUCCAUGUGGCUGUUCCCGUGAUGGCUGUGGGAACAUGGCUGGACGCAUUGAAUUUAAUCCAAUCCGAGUCCGGACUCAUUACCUCCACACCAUCAUGAAGCUGGAGCUAGAGAGCAAGCGGCAGGUGAGCCGCCCGCCAGCGCCAGACGAGGAGCCCUCUCCCACUGCCAGUUGCAGCCUGACAGGAGCUCAGGGCUCUGAGACACAGGACUUCCAGGAGUUCAUUGCUGAGAACGAGACAGCAGUGAUGCACCUGCAGAGUGCAGAGGAACUGGAGCGGCUCAAGGCGGAGGAAGACUCCAGCGGCUCUAGCGCCAGCCUGGACUCUAGCAUUGAGAGCCUGGGUGUGUGCAUCCUGGAGGAGCCCCUGGCUGUUCCUGAAGAGCUGUGCCCAGGCCUGACGGCCCCCAUUCUCAUCCAGGCUCAGCUGCCCCCAGGCUCCUCCGUCCUAUGUUUUGCCGAGAACUCGGACCACCCAACUGCCUCAGCAGUGAACAACCCAUCCUACUUGAACAGUGGGCCUCUGGUCUAUUAUCAGGUGGAGCAGAGGCCAGUCCUGGGGGUGAAAGGAGAGCCUAGUACAGAAGAAGUCCCGCCCUCUUUCCCUAAGGAGAAGGACCUCAAUGUCUUCUCUCUCCCCGUUACCUCACUGGUGGCUUGUAGCCCCACAGACCCAAGUGCCCUCUGUAAAUCAGAGGUGGGGAAAACAUCCACUCUAGAAGCACUAGUGCCCGAAGAUUGUCACCCUGAGGAGCCUGAGAAUGAAGACUUCCGCCCCUCUUGGUCCCCCUCAAACCUCCCCUUCCGCACGGACAAUGCAGAGGGCUGUGUGGUGGAGAAGACCUCACCGCAGAGUGAGGACCAGCGCCCUGAGGACCCUUCCCUGGAACUCCCUUUGGCGGUGUGACCCGGGGAUGGAGGUUCUGCCUCUUACCCAGUCUCUAUUUAUUCCCUUAUUUUAUCUAACACAUUUCAAAACAAAACUGUAGAAGCAGCUGCUGCUCCCAUGUUAUUUUAUUGGGGUCUUUGGGGAAAGGGUGGGAAAGGAUUGUUUGUACAAGUAUUUUUUAAAGGGUAAACAGAACCAAGGAGACCAGCUCCGGCGUCCUGGGGCACAGGAGGCUGCCCUGAGCUUUCUGGGCCAUUGGAACAAAGAACUAGGAUCUCACAGGAGAAGCUGGGUAAUUCAAGCAGCUAUUUAUAUAGGGACCAGAACACAGUAAUUUGAACAGCAUGGCAAAGGCCCUUCUCUCCCUGCGCUCCAGGCGGGGAACAGGCUCAUUUUUCUCCGUGGUUGUUCUGAUACCCUAUUUUGGUGGAUCAUAGUAAUGCAAUUGGAAAUGUCACCUGGUCGAACCUAGAGGAAGGGGUAGAAGGGUCUCUGCUUCAUUACAAAACCUCGAGGAUUUAUCAAAAUUUAACCUGCCUUCCCUGGCCCCCUAUUUGGUAAAUAAGUUAAUAUUUGACAUGUUUUUGGUGUUCUCUGACCUGUUCCCCACACUGGGGAUUCCUGGUCUGUAACUUGAAUUGUUUCUUUCUCAUCUUCUUAGGUACUAGAGUUAAACUUGCCUAUUUGUCUUUUCCCCCUCCAUCCUUUUUCCUUUGAAGAAAAAGAGCUAGAUUGGCCGGGGGUGUGGUACCAAGAGCCUGAGUCUUGUGUGUGUGUCAGGCAGCGUCAGGCUGGGGCUCACACAUCCACAGGAGGCAUGUGUGGAGCAUUAACUGUGUCCAAAGGAGGCAGCAGGAACGGGCUGCUGUCUGGAAAGAAGAUGACUUUAUCUGUGCCAUGCUUGCUUUUUCACCCAGGUUUUUCUUCCCCCUCUUUGGGAGAUUUGAGCUUUAAAGGAAAGUAGGAUGUGGCAAUUCAAUGUCACCAACUAGUUUUUGUUCUUUUUUUCUGUAUCUACCCUCGUGGUCCUUUGUGGAUGUACAGGGUUAGAGAGUCCUUAUACUAUUCCAGUUCACCCCCAAGAACUGCAAGUGUUUAUUGGACCCUCCAUCUUGAUAUAUAAAAAUUGGAAGCCAAACCAAUUCUGAAAUGCUGCUACAACUCCCAGGUUCCAAAGAAUUCAAGUUCUGCUUAUAACCUUUGAGGUCUACAGAGUGGGAUAGCCACUCCAUCAGGGGGGAUUUCUGUUCCUCUUAUGUCCAGCUUAUGUUCCAGGAUGUGCUCCAUUGAACACUGAAUUCUUUUUAUUAGCAAAGUUAUUUGCCUCUGUUUUCAAUUGGAGGCAGUAUCAGGAGAAAAACACUCUUCUUUAGCAUCCUUUGUACCAUGCUUCACUUCUGGUAUGGUUUACUAACUGGGAAAGAACAAAGAGAAAAACUUCUUUUUUGGAGGGGGAGAUAACUGUUCCUACUUAUCUUGCUCAUAAAGCCUUUUCUGGUGGGAUAUUAAGGCCCUGGUAUCUUAAAACAACCUUUUUGUAUGUCGCAGCAGCAUUUCACCUAUAAAAUCCCUAAACUGAGCCUGAAAGGCCUUGUACUUAACACAGGUACAUCUUUUAACCCAUUCUGCCUCUCCUGUUCGUUCCUGUUUUUGCUUGGUUUUACUUUUGUGGGGGAGUUCUUAAUUAAGUACAUAGGUCCUUAUCGCUCCCCAUCCUCUAGCCUCAAAAAACAGAGUUGAGAGUCUUAAGUACCUGAGAUCUAGAUGCUAUCCCAGACUGAGCUACACCCUCCCGCCUUAGAUGGGUCCCCUCAAAUACAAGACUGAGGCUUUACUGGGGAUUUGACUCUGGAGAAGAGUCUUUCUGAAAGUUUGUUUUGGAAGGGGCAGUGAGCUCUAUACAUUCCCUCCUUAGGAAGGCUCCAGCCUAAUCUAGGAAGUGGGUUCCAGCUGCUCAAUAAGAGACACAUUAGCCUCUGGGAUCAAACCAAGAAUUUGAAUCUAAUUAUCAAACUCAUUGCCACCCCCAAGAUAUUUGAUUUUUCUGAAAAACUAGUUUCCUAAUCUAAGUCCAUCCCUUCUACGAUUCUGACUCACACUGAUCCCAAGCUUUUAAAUGCUAAAUAUUAACAUUUAGCAUUAACUGUCUUGUCAAGCAAAAGGCCUUCUCUGCCACCUAGUCCAUCUCGUUUCUGGUGCUACCUGAGUUGGACAGAACUAUAGCUCACAGUUGCUAGAAAAGCGAGGCCUCUGACCACAGAAGCAGAGAGCUUCAAUCCCACUCAGUCUAGGCCUAGAUGAAAGAAAUGACUCAUUGCAACUCUUACUAUUUUCCAAUUUCCUUUCUCACAUACUGUACACAGGUAGUAUUUUCAAUGUGAAUCCAAAGCUUGUCUGGUUCUCUGAAAAUAAUUUUUUUUUUUUUGCCUUUUAGGUCUUUUACAUUGUGAUAAUGCUGUAUUUAAAGAGAAUAUUUAAAUGUAAUAUUAAAGAAAUAUUCAAAAGAA